UUUCGACAUUGGCAUUCUAUCCCCACCACGACCACGACCACCACGACUCGACCAUGUCGACCGUCUCUAUGGAAUUUGAAAACUUGGACUUUCAAUACGUCGAGCAAUUUGCGGGCGUCAACUACACCGCAGGCCACGUGCUCAAGAACAUCAACUGCAAGUUGCACGCUGGCCAACGUAUUCUGUUGGUCGGGGGCAACGGCGCUGGCAAGAGCACUCUGCUCAAGAUCGUUGGCGGCAAGCAUUUACCGACCCACGGCAUGUGUUGGCAAUUGGGCCGCCGCGACAGCUUCCGGGACACGCGCCUGAACCUCCAGCGCACCAUGGCGGCGGCAGAUUGGGGUACGCGAUCCAUCGCGUUCGCGACUCAUGCCGCCGCGUACGCCGCCGACAUUGCCGUGGACGAAAUGAUGGUCGUGCUGCAAAAAACGUACCCGGAACGCCGCCUCGAGCUGUUGACGUGCCUCCGCAUCGACACGUCAUGGCGGAUGCACAAGCUGUCAACAGGACAGCGAUGCCGCGUGCAGCUGUUCCUAGCGUUGUUACGUCCAUCGCAGUUGAUUGUGCUGGACGAAGUACUGGGUAGUCUGGACAUUGUAUCUCGCGUGAACGUGCUCGAGUUUCUCCGCCGCGAAAGCGAAGGGCCAUUGAAAGCCACGGUGAUCCUAGCAUCGCAUGUAUUUGACGGCAUGGAGGAGUGGGCGUCGCAUGUGAUGUACCUCCGCGUCGGCCGCAUUCACUUUUUUGACGCGAUUGAAAACGUGCCGCUGGUCGGGCGCAGCUACCUGUCCUUGUAUCACACAACUGACAAGUGGCUCCGUGACGAAAACGAUGUCCCAGAGAACGAAGACAAGGCGUCCGGCACCCUCGAACAUGCGCAGAAUCGUGCCGGCGGAUUUGCAAACGGCCGGUUGGGCGAAUACAUUAGUCUCCCGACGGUGUAAUUGCGAGUAUUAACUAACCAUUUCAACGUAAUACCAAUUGCUGACAAUCGCGUU